CUGCUCAUCGGCGCGGUGCUCGCGGGGAACGCGCUCGUGUGCGUGAGCGUGGCGGCCGAGCGCGCCCUGCAGACGCCCACCAACUACUUCGUCGUGAGCCUGGCGGCCGCGGACCUGCUCCUCGCCCUGCUGGUGCUGCCGCUCUUCGUCUACUCCGAGGUCCAGGGCGGCGUGUGGCUGCUGAGCCCCGGCCUCUGCGACGCGCUCCUGGCCCUGGACGUCAUGCUGUGCACCGCGUCCAUCUUCAACCUGUGCGCCAUCAGGGCCUUCCUGGUCUGCUGGACGCCCUUCUUCGUCGUGCACGUCACGCGGGCGCUGUGUCCCGCCUGCGCCGUGUCCCCGCGGCUGGUCAGCGCGGUCACCUGGCUGGGCUACCUCAACAGCGCGCUCAACCCGGUCAUCUACACCGCGUUCAGCGCCGAGUUCCGCGGCGCGUUCCGCAAGGGGGAGGGCCCUUCCCGAGGAGCCAAGGUGGCCCCGCACAGUCCCCUGAAAACACAGCUGAGGUGA